CCAGCCCUGAAGGCAAUCCAGCGGGCCAAGCGGAGACAGGGGGAGAGAUUUGAGAGCUGGGAGGCAGCUUACACGUGCCCACUGGAGCAGUCGGAGGACAAGGACAUUGACCGGCUGGGGAACAGCUCCAUCGACAAGGAGGGGAAGAAUUCUACCUGCUUCAGCUACGCCAUCGAGCUGAACAAGGAGAUGGAGGAGAUGCAUGAGAAGAUCAAGAACCUCCAGGAUGAAAUUGUGUCCCUCAAGAAAGACCGGGAGAACGUGAAGAGCAGUGGCGUUCAUGUCCUGCAGGAGCUGGAGGGAAAACUGAUGGGGACCACUGAGGAAGCCAACCGGUACGAGGAGAGCUGCAAAGAGAGCCGCAGAGUCCUGGGCCUGCUGAGAUCGGAGAUGGAGACCCUGUUCAAAGAAAUGGGCGGCGAUGCCACGCAGAUACAGAGGCGGCUUGGAGAAAACGGGCAGAUCACGGAGCUGGACCUGAUGCAGUUUUUCGAUGCCGUGGAGCAGAAGACCAACGAGCUCCUGCUGAUGGAGUCCAUCCGGCGCUCCACAUCAGCUGAGGGCUCGUGCUCGGCCCAGUCCUUCCCCGACCCGUCCCCGGCUGGCACCGAGCUCCUCCAGGUGACCGCUCAGGCCCAGCCCUGCUCGCCGCCCCCCGCCCUGGACAGCCACACCGGACGCCAUCGCCGCCU